AUGGCGCUCCUUUACCCACUGACGGGCGUACCCAUUCCGGAAACCCCGGCCUAUAGCGUCACCGGCAAUCUGGCCUAUUCCGACCGCGCAAUCCGUUUCCAGAAAUUCGAAGGCCAUAUGGGUUCUUCGGAUAUCGGCGGAGACAUCAACGUCAAUCCGCAUCAGAAGCCGAUCUUCGUAGAUGCGGCGCUUCAUUCCCAUCAAGUGGAUCUGGCGGAUCUGGGCGGCUUCAUUGGCGCACAGCCCGGCGAAGCGAAAAAAGCCGAACCGGCCAGCACCCGCGUACUGCCUGACAAGGCCAUCAAUGUCCCGAAACUCAACGCUGCCAAUGUGCAUCUGACCUAUCACGGCGAUCACAUUCGCAAUAAAAACUGGCCUCUGGACAAUAUUGAUACCGAACUCGACAUCCGCGACGGCGCCAUUGACCUCAAACACCUGACCUUCGCCACCGGGACAGGAACCAUUUCCACAAAUGCUACGCUUGAGCCGACCAAAAACGCCCAGUUCCACACCCGAUUUCGUCUGGAUGUCUCCCGCCUUCCCCUCUCCCGUAUCAUGACAUCCAAGGACAUGUUCCAGGGCGAAGGCACUAUUGGCGGUCAUGUGACGCUUAAUUCGACUGGCAAUUCGGUCGCAACGCUGGUCGAAAACGGCAACGGCGGAACGACACUGGUGCUGGACCGGGGGGGUGAUGUGACGGCCCUUCUUCCCGAUCUUCUGGGGCUCAAGCUCGGCUCGGCCAUUCUGUCUGCGCUUGGAAUUCCGGAUCGCUCAAAACUGGAAUGCCUCGUGGCGGAUCUGCCGCUCAAGAACGGUAUUGUGCAUACCGAUGCAAUGCUCCUGCAAACCGUACCACCCGGACAAGCGGCACCGGUACCGUCAAUUUUCAUAAGGACACGCUGGAUUACGCCAUCACCACCCGUUCGAUCGGGCCACAGAUCCUGUCCCUGCCCGGCGCGGUCCAUAUUUUCGGACCGAUCAGCAGCCCGACAAUUCUGCCGGGUGCGGAACUGA